AUGGUGCGGUCGGUGGGAGGCGGCGGGGCCGGCGGCCUGCUGGGCGCGAGCCUGGUGUGCGGGCGCGGUCUGACGGAGCGGCAGCGCGCGCUGUGCCACUCCGCGCCCGCCGCCGUCGCCGCACUGGGCCGCGGACUCAGCAUGGCGUACGCGGAGUGUCGCGCGCAGCUGGCCGGCCGGCGGUGGAACUGCUCGGGGGUCGGAGACGACCCGCGUCUCGGACACAUCCUGCCCAUGGCAACGAAGGAAGCAGCGUUCACAUACGCGAUAGCCGCGGCGGGCGUCACGCACGCGCUGGGGGCGGCCUGCGCACGCGGCGACCUGCCCAACUGCGCCUGCAACAACGGCAGACGGCGCGUGAUGUCGGUCCCGGAACAGUGGGAGUGGGGCGGGUGCGAGGGCGCGGCGUGGGGCGCCCGGUUCGCGCGGCGGUGGCUCGACGCGCGCGAGCUGGAGGCCGACGCGCGCGCCGCCAUGAACCUGCACAACAACCGCGUCGGCCGCAAGGUGAGCGAGUUGGUGAAGGACAUGGUCCGCCACGAGUGCAAGUGUCACGGCGUGUCGGGCUCGUGCGCGGUGAAGACGUGCUGGCGCGCGCUGCCCCCCUUCCCGCUGGUGGGCGCCGCGCUCCGGGACAAGUACCGCCGCGCCAGGCUGGUGCACGCGCUGCCCGACGCCGGUGCCCCGCGACCACCCCACGCGGGGGGGGACGUGCUGCCCUACCACACCCCCAAUGUCAUGAGGCAGAUGCCGCAACUAUCGGAGCUGGUGUACCUGCAGCCGUCGCCGUCGUACUGCGAGCCCGACCCCGCCGCCGCCGCGCCCGGCACGCGCGGACGACACUGCAACCAUACGGCCACUGGCGAGGAGGGUUGCUCGCACGUAUGUUGCGGGCGCGGCUGGCGCUCGGUGCCGGUGGUGUCGCGCGACAAGUGUCGCUGCCGGUUCCGCUGGUGCUGCACCGUCGCCUGCGACAUCUGCGUCACGCGAUCCACUGCGCACGUGUGCAACUGA